CGACACGGAGGCAACGCGCACGACCAACAUGGCGGAUCAGGUGGGGCAUAUCAGAGUUGCCCGUGUUCUGUCCGCUCUGUUUUAUGGGUUGACAUCGUUCACGCUCGUCAUGGUGAACAAAAGUGUUCUGACAACAUACAAGUUUCCCUCUUUCCAGUUCCUGGGUGUGGGACAGAUGAUUGCCACUAUCCUGAUCCUUUAUGUGGGCAAAAAGUUACACAUCCUGACCUUCCCAGACUGGAGCAGACAAAUUAUCAUCAGGAUAUGGCCACUUCCUCUGAUCUACAUUGGGAAUCUCUGUUUUGGACUUGGAAGCACAAAGAGAUUAAACUUGCCAAUGUUCACAGUGCUGCGACGAUUCUCAAUUUUAUUUACCAUGAUAGGGGAGUACCUUGUAUUAGGACAGAAAGCCUCCCUGAGGGUACAGAUAGUAGUCUGCACCAUGAUUCUUGGUGCAUUUGUCGCAGCCAGUGGGGAUUUGGCAUUCGACGGCUUAGGAUAUUUCUACAUCCUCAUGAAUGACUUUUUUACCGCUGCAAAUGGGGUAUUCAUAAAGAAAAAGCUAGACUCAAAGGAAUUGGGAAAGUACGGCCUUUUGUAUUACAACGCCGUCUUCAUGGUUCUUCCAGCCCUUGGUAUCUGCUACUACUCUGGUGAUAUAGACAAAGUGCAGGACUAUCCAUUGUGGAACGAUCCCAGCUUUGUUGUACAGUUUAUCUUGUCUUCCGUAAUAGGGUUUCUGUUAAUUUAUUCUGUGGUAUUAUGUACAUCAUACAACUCGGCUUUGACUACCACAAUUGUUGGCUGUGUGAAGAAUGUAAUGAUAACCUACAUCGGCAUGGUUUUCGGAGGAGAUUACAUUUUCAGCUUAAUCAACUUCAUCGGGCUGAACAUAAGUGUUGCCGGAAGUGUGGUCUACUCCUAUUUUACGUUUGUUGAUAAACAAGCACCCCCAAAGACAACGUCGGGAGAUCAAGGAGCUGGUAAAUCUGAAAAGGACGUCCGUGAAGACACUGAGACUGUCCAGGUGCAGAUGUCAAACAGAGGGGAACCACCAACCCCUGUAGAGAAUUAUACCAAGAAUGGGAGUGCAGAGCAAUAGCCACUGCUGAUCCAGGAGCUCAACAAGAACCUCUGCCCCCCCCCCCCGACAGCGGUUGGGGAUCUUUUAAGGCUUUGAAGAGACCUCUACGUCCCCGAAAAUAAACGCUUCUAUUGGAUAUAGUCACACUGAGCUGUGCAUCCACUUCUGUGGUCUUCUGCGACGAAGACACUCAGACAAUGAGAAGUUAGAUAAACUUGAAGCCUGGUUGAAUGACCAGUGGGAACAGCUUUUAGCCUGGUUGAAUGACCAGUGGGAACAGCUUGUACACCACAAAGACAGUGUUUGAGGGUUGGAAAAAACCUCUAGUACAGAAUAAUUCAAGAAUAGUUGGAUUCUUUCUCUCAAAGUCACUUUUAAAUUGUUGAAAACAUUAGUCAUUACUUUCGUGAAUGUGUUGAUUUUUAGGACGGAGUUGAUUGGAAAUGUUUAAAUUCAUCCAGUUGGAGAAAUGACAUAGUGAAGAUGUGAAACACAUUGAAGUAUGCUCCCUGAAGCGAGUUUUGCUGAUGCAAAAAGUCCUGAAUAUAUAAAUAAGUUGUAAAUUCAGAUCAAUGGGUAGUUAAGGUGACCACGGGUUCAGUUUGGGGAAUUCAUCAAACCUUUUUGAGAAACGACAGCCACAGCUGGAGAGCGUGAAGGUUCAAAAGCUAAAUGUGAAAGAGGUCAUCCAAAGACAGCAUAUUUCUGAUGUUUGCGGCUAUAUUAUUUUAAGAGGCCUCUCCGAAAGUGUGUGGGGGAUCCCUCCUCAUCCAUUCAUCCUCCAAUUUUAAUAUGAUUUUACAUACAUCCUUGGGGGUUAGAGUCAAGCCUGAAAUGUGGUGCUGCAUGGCUUAGUGCAUUGUGCUCCAUUGCGAGAAACCAUCAAGCUGCAUGUUGCAUGCCGAAUGAAAAUAUCACAUGCUUUGAUCUUGAAGCUACUAAUGCAGCACUCCAUGUCAGAUUUUUAGUUUCACAAUCCUUUGAGUUUUUCAUUAAUCCUAUCAAGUUCUCUGUUGAUUAUUGUAACAGUGCGCUUGUGCACAAACCUUUUCUUCUCUUUCAAAAUCUACCUGAUAUUUUAAGAUAAUUAGUCAGGGUUUAGGAUAGGUGACACUGGCGGAUCCUGGUGGCCAUUGAACUUAAGGCCAUUGAAAUAAACUUUUAACAUCCACACUAAGGCUGGCUCAAUUUGAAAAUGUCCUAAACUGGCGUGAUUGCUUCCGACUAGUGAUUCCAUCCAGGAAUUGUUCUUGGGUAGUGGAAGUAUUUGAAUCCUUGUUGAAAGUUGGUCGUCUGAAUAAGUGCCGGCCAUGCAGCCUUCUGGAUUGGUGUGAACUGUCGUGCCUAAACUGGUCAAUGUUGGUUUCAAAAGUUCAUAGCCAGAGGAACACCCAGGGAGGUACAUGUAGUCUAUUUGCUGUUUUGUAGAGUUUCUUGACAGUUUGGAUUUUAUAAGCGGUGUCUUUUUUUAAAGAUCAGGUCAUGUAUUGUGAUCUGUGAGCCAGUGUGAUACUUUGAGGUAAGGCAGUUAGAAAUUUCAACACCUGGCAUCACGUCCAAAGGAGCACGUUAAGUGUGCAUAAGUCAGCAUGUGAUAGGGUCCAAUCUGACUUGUGCGGUGGUCAUUACAAAUGAUCCACGGCACGCUCCAGCCUCCAUACCAUGCAAACAUUGCUGGAAUAUCAAAGAGGCUCGCUCUACCCAAUCGGCAGGAGUUGAAAUUGCCCGUUUUUGUAAUAUAAUCUUUUAAGUGAUUAGCAUCAACACAUGCAAGUUGCUUUUGUUUCCCAUAAAUUUGUUUAUGAAAGAUCUACCAACAAAUCGUGUUUUUUUUUAUAUUUGACGUGUGUGAUGCAUCUGUUGAAAAGUAUAUUUUAAAGUUUCCGUUUGAUUUUUAAAGUUGCUGCAACUACUGUGAUAUUCAAGUACCUCAUCAGGGGUGUUAUUUUGUUUUGGUAAAUUUACUUCACUUCUGCUACGAGCUUCAAUGUAAUAGAGUACCGUCAUUUCAUGUACAAGUACGACAUGACACUGGCCAUACUGUUAGCAUAAAUCUUUUGUUUUCAUUUAUUUGAGAGACUCCAUGUGAACUUUAAAAAUGAGUCCACUACAUGUGGUACAUCAUUAUGAAAGUUUCAAUAAAAGUAACUGUACAUUAAGAAAUGGUCUCGUUUUGGUGUUCAAAUGUGUCGCUAGAUUAAAAUCAUAAGUAAACUAUCUUACUGUAUAUGUGACAAGUGAGGAGUGUACAUAAUUUCUUAUUUACAUUUGUUAACAUAAUUACAAUUCUUGUCCAAUUGAAAUAACUGUAGAGUUCAUUAGCCCGCCACCUGUCAAAUCGAAAUUCUAGAUAUAUGGGGGGUUUCUAAGCUUUACUUCAUUACAGCAUAGGCCUUUGUACCGAUGAGGUUACUAUUCAUUCACGUGUACUGUACAUUUCUCUCUAGAACUUCAAAUCUGUUAUCUCCUGUUGCCCAUAGGAAAGCAUGCAUGGAAACAAAGUGUACCAUCAGUACAGAGGCCUACUAUUAAGGCAAGGGUUUCACUCCAGUGUUCUAAAGAGCCACAGAGGGUAUAUUUUUGGGGGUGGGGGGGAGUCCAACUGAUCGCCCUGAGUUUACCACAAACGAAACUAUGGCUGUAUCCAAAUUACUUGGCUGUGGCCUGAAAUUAUGCACGAGUCGAUGGUAGCGGCUGAAGCCAGUUCCCAUAGAGUUGUGUGUAAUUUUAAGCCAUAGCCGAGUAAUUCGGACGCAGCCUAUGUAAGGUUUGACUUGCAAAGCACACCUGCACACUGCAUGUAAACUGCGCGAGAGAAAGAAUCGAGACAGAACUUGAGGAGUCUGAAGAUUAUGAGGUUUGGGGUAUGGAGGGUUAACCCUAACCCUCCUCAAUCCUACACCUGUUGGAGGACUGAGGAGUGUUAGGGUUAAUGCAUAAGAAGUGGCAGGUCCUUCAGAACUUUGCAAAACUGACCUGAUGGAGAAAAGAAAUCGCUACCAAUUUGGAUUUAAAAACUGCAUGAAACAAAGCUACAACAAAUGGAAACCAACCAAAACCUUCACAAAUAAGAGCUCUUCAAGUUGCAGAAAAUUGAAGAAACUCUUUGCACAGUGAAAAUACACUGCAAUUUCCCCCAUGUUCAUUUUCAACCUCUUGGAACACGAUUGAACAACAACCUUGGUCAACCACUGGUCAAUUUUUGCAUGGUGCCCAGUAUAUACAUGUAUUUUGUACACGGUAUACCAGGGAAACUACUCAGUGGUAGACCACGGGCAAUUGCUCCAACUUGCACUGACGUACUAAGUUACUGGAUUUUCAGAACCAACAGUGAAUAGCUUAAACUCAUUCUUCGGCGCGGUACAGAUUAAUACAUAAAUCUAAUGCAUGCUUAUGAAUUUCAUCCAUUUCACUUGAUGAACGCAAAGUGAAAGUGGUGUAUUUCAUUAACAAGUAAAACAAAACGGAAAGCAAGACAAUACACGCCUGCGUGCGCAUUUCGUUAUCCGGCUGCAGCAUUGAGUGAUGGGGCUAUUUCAAAAGCAUAGAAAACUGAGAUUUCUACGGCACUGGCAAAGCAAAGUUUUCUAAGGAAAAAAAAAAAA